GCAGUUAGGGCAGCGUAGUAUAUAUAUAUAAAGUAGAGUGGGAGAAGAAGGGAUAUCUUUAGCACAUAAUAUUAAAAUAUCCUGAUCGUGUUUUAAACAACUAUCAACGGUAUAUGGGAGUCGUAAGGACACGACUGUAUAAUUCUUUGAAUGUUCUCUGUUUGCUACCAAAUGCGGCAAGAAAAUAGAAUAAAAAGGUGUCCCCCCCCCCCACCCUAUUAAACAAAACAAAAUGUAAACGGAAUUGAAAAAUAGGUCACACAUCAAUGCCGCCAGGUGCGACAGAGGGUGAAAACACCAGUAAAUUUAACUUGUGAUCUUUGCACCUUACGAGUCGGUGAGUAAACAUUAGCCUUGUCGGCUGUAAAAGCCGUCGCAGUAUAUCAGUGGUUCCCAAUGUUUUUUUAGCGCGACCUAAAUCAGAGUUUUAUGAACACAUCGAAAAAAAAACGUCUUUAUUAAUGUAUGCAUUCUAUACUAUUUUUGGAUGUAUAUGAAGUAGACAAGAGACACAAGUUAACAAGUUGUAGUACAGAGUUUAUUAAACACAUGUUUGUUAACAAACUAAAGAAAAGAAAAAACUCGUUUUGAUAGAUUUAAAUCACCUAGGAACGACCCGUUUUUUAAUCCUGUGCGAAACAUACUUUGGUAACCACUGCCGUAUAUCAACAAGGGUGCUGCCAGGAAAGAAAAGAUACGUGUGUAAAUGGCACUAGCAAUGUAUGCAUAACGAUUUGUUUUUAUACUGUCGCGCAAGCUGACCGGAGGCUUAAUACAUAGCAGUUGGCAUAUGAGAAUAAAGCCGUAAAAUGCAGAAGUCGCUUAUAAAAAAACAGCAAUAUUGUUUACGCACGAUCUGAGGGGUGUAGGUCAGGUUGCUAUGUGAUGUGUUUAACGUUUACUGUUUUAGCAGGAGACGCUGUACUAUAGGGUUGUCAAUAGAUAUAGUUCUGAUGUUAAUGAAAUACAAAGCUCCUCCUGAGGGGGGUUGGGGGUGGGUGGUGACAUUCACCGCUUUCCUUACUUACGCCAUCGUGUGGGCUGUUCCGCGGGCUAUGAGCGUCCUUUUCGAUGCCUUUCAGCGGGAGUUUCAUUCAACCAAUUCAGCAACCUCGUGGAUAACGUCACUAAUGUUCGGUUUCCUCGCCUGUGGAACUCUGCCUGGAAGUGUCAUCACGGGUGUGCUUGGACCACGGAAGACAAUGAUGAUUGGCGGGGUGUUGUCAUGUAUAGGGACAGUCGUUGUGUCGCAAUCUACUAACAUCAACACAGCAUACGUUGGCAGCGUGAUAGCUGGUACCGGAUUCGGGUUCGCUUACUGUAAUGCUACCUCACAACUCGGUAUCUAUUUUGACCGCAAGAGGUCGUGGGCGUUCGGGAUGGCGUCUCUCGGUUCCCCGGCUUGUGGGAUGUUGCUGCCCCUUCUUAUGACCAUCAUCGCAGAAGUGUACGGUUGGUCAAGCGCCGUACUGAUUGUAGCAGGUUUCUGCUUAAAUCUAUGCGUCGGGGCAUCGCUUCUUCGGCCCGUUAUCAUAGAGGGCGACGAGGAUAGGAAGAUUAAAGAUGAUGGAAUGAAUUCGCCAGAUGUGGUUCGAAAAUGGGAUGCACAGUCGCUCACAAACUGCGACGACGAACUAAAUCCUGUGAUGUUUCCAGAGGUUGAUACUUUUCAGUUCCUAAAAGCGAUGUCGCGAUCUGCGAGCAAUAUUCAUGCGGCAGAGGACGUGUCUUCGGAGCAACAGGUAACUCACUCUCUACCGCAUCUUAACCGUCCCGAAGUUAGGAAUACCAGGUCAACUUACAAGCAAGCAAUUUUGAAUAACUUCCGCGCAAAGCAAGAACAAAACAACAACGAACUGACCGUGAAAUUGAACAUUGACACGUCAUCUGGUGACGACAAAUCCAUCCCUGACGUCACAUGCACGAAAGGAAGCGACCUGAAGCGAAUGACUGACGUCCUAGAACCUUAUAUUUCUCUCAUCAGUCAGUGGAGGUUCAUGUUGUAUGGCUUGGGAGGAUUCCUGGACUUUUUGGUUCGGUUUACCCCGACGUGGUUCAUCGUGGUGCAUGUCCAAUCACUUGGGAUGACCAGGGAGCAAGGGGCGUACCUUCUAAUUGUGUUUUCUGUCUUUGACAGCGUGAUUCGUCCGAUAUCAGGGUUCGCGACGACUUUCGUGUCCCAGAACCGGUUGCGAAGAGGUUUCGAAAUGUCAGCUUUCGCAACUACGCAAAUCUUGAUGGGGAUACUUAACCUUCUUUCAACGCUCGCAACCACAUUUCCAAUGCUUGCAGUCUACAUGGCUUGUUUCGGCAUGACGAAUGGUUUGAACGCAGUAUACUGCUUCCCAAUUAUCACAAGACUUGUUCCGAUCGAACGUUUGCAUCAUGCGAUUGGGGUUUUUCAUUUUAUAAGUGGACUUGGGAUUCUGACAGGGCCACCCUUUGCAGGAUACCUGGCUGACUGCUCCAAAAGCUACUCAGCGGUAUUUUAUUUCUGCGGAGUAGGAAGUCUAAUGUCAGGGCUUGUGGUGGGUGCUCUAUACAUACUUGUGCAAAAGUAUGGGGUACGAAUCACCCCUGUUCAUGCAGGGGAAGAAAAAACUCAAUGAUCUUGAAGCUUUCUUUUAAAAUACAAUAUUCAAAAUUGAGCUAAACAGGACGUUGUACUAUACGAAGUUAUUGUACUAUACGAAGUUACUCUGUCUACAGAACUUACCGUGCUACAGGAAAAUAAGAAAAACAACCGGACUCUCCUGACUUAAGUUCCAGUUGGUACGAUACUUUUGUUUUGAUGCUUUAUCUGCAUUUUAACUGUGCAAGUACG